CAACAGCUGUUACAAGUGUUCUGACAGUUCAUGUCGCAAUAACUCCCUGUCGUUUUAUUCACCAUAUAUACUUUUAAUUAAAGAGUUUAUAGGAUAGAAACUUUCUCAUAACCAGAAAUAAUAAUAAAUAUACUUUAAGAAAUAUACAAGUUACAGAUAAAUAAGGUAGCUAUAGAAGAUUGGCUAUAAGAAGAAUUGUAAUUUAAAAUUUUUUGGGCGAAGAUCAGAAAAAAAUUUUCUCCAUAGGUUUCGAGAGCAGGAUACUUUGCUGUAAAUUGAAAAGAAACUGAAUCACCGUUCAGCUAUGUCAGUUUUGAAUCAAGGCAGUGAGGAUGCAGUGGAAUGUCCGCUAUGCAUGGAACCAUUGGAAGUCGAUGAUUUGAAUUUCUUUCCGUGUACUUGCGGCUAUCAAAUUUGCCGCUUUUGUUGGCAUAGAAUUAGAACUGAUGAAAAUGGUUUAUGUCCCGCUUGUCGCAAGGCCUACUCUGAGAAUCCUGCUGAUUUUAAACCCCUAAGCAAAGAAGAAAUAGCAAAAUUAAAGGCAGAAAAGAGAUUGAAGGAUCAACAGCGGAAACAACGGGUGACAGAAAAUCGCAAGCAUUUAGCGAAUGUCCGAGUAGUUCAAAAGAAUCUGGUUUUCGUAGUUGGAUUACCAAUGCGGCUGGCAGAUCCAGAUGUUUUAAAAAAACAUGAAUAUUUUGGAAAAUUCGGAAAAAUUCACAAAGUCGUAAUAAAUCAAAGUACUUCAUAUGCUGGAUCACAAGGUCCGAGUGCUUCGGCAUACGUAACUUAUCAGCGUCAGGAAGAUGCAUUGCGCGCUAUAGAAGCUGUAAAUAAUAUUGUUGUGGAUGGUAGGACAAUAAAAACGUCACUUGGUACAACAAAAUAUUGCUCACAUUUUAUGCGCAAUCAAAGUUGUCCGAAACCUGAUUGCAUGUAUUUACAUGACCUUGGUGAUCAAGAAGCGUCGUUUACUAAAGAAGAAAUGCAUCAAGGAAAGCACCAAGAAUACGAAAAGAAAUUAGUGCAAUCUUUACAUGCCAAUACAUCCAUUCAAAGAAAACCUACUCCUUCUCCACCUGCGUCAGGCAAUGUUGUUCGAGAUAGUGGAAUGUCAAAUUCUCAAACCAAAGAAGCAUGGCCCUCGUUACAGUCAGGUCAGACGAAUUGUUCACAGAUAAACUUUAAGGAUCCAUCUCUUCCUGUUGAAAUUGCAAGUCAAAAUAACGUUAUUAACGAGAACACUACGAAUAUACAACAAAAUCUUUCAUCACCAACAGUGCCAACGAAAAAGCAGAGCAAUAAUAAUAAUAAAGGGGAAAGUGGAAUUGGAUUUCGACGAGGCAAAAGUAAUAGUGAAAGCAAAGUACAAGCUGCUCGUAAUAAGCAUAAAAAUUGUCAGAAUAAAGAAAAGCACAACGUGCGAGGCUCCACGCAGUCAGAUUUAAAUCAUGCAAGUGCCGAGUUAAGCACGCAAAAUAAAACACAACCUCUGGUUAAUGGUCAAAAAGAAGUACGAAAUUGUUCAGCCGAAUCAAUUAUAGAAACAGAACAGAUAUCUGCUAAUAAACAAAAUGUAGAUAAUGCACAAUCGCAUCGUAUGCAAGAUCCAGAAUUAAAACUAAAACAGCAAUUUAACGACCUUAAAAUAAAUGGGAUUGUACAAAGUGUAGAUUAUAGUCAUUUAGACAGAGAAGGCGAAUUACAAGGUGAGAGAUGUACACCAACUAGUACAAUUUCCAGUUCAGAUGAUUCGAAUGCAAUUCACCAAAUAGAACUUCUAAGUAAAUUAAAAGAAGAUAAUGAUCGUUCGACACUUUUAGGUUCAUCUCCAAUUAGAUGCAAUUCAUCGCAGAAUAUAGGUCAGCAGUCUUCUUCAGGAUUAUCUACAGACAAUACCAAUAGUUUUCAGUCUCAAUUAAAUCAUCGAACUAUUUUUCAAACAGAUAAUAAUAGUUUCUUUAGCUCAAAUAAUUUCCAUAAAGUUUCUACUUCCGUGCCAAUACCAUCCACAGCUCAAGCGGCAAAUUCAAGCGUUGAUUGGAUGAAUUUAGGGCAUAUAUCUAUACCGGACUCUUUACCAACUGUGUAUUCAAGCGAAGACUGGCAAGCAGCUUUUGGAUUUCAGAAUGAAUCGCCACAACCCAAUCGAUUUAUAAGUAAACCCAAUAGAAUCAACACACCGAGAGUACCAUUCCACUCUGAAGAUUUUAUAGUCGAUGAUACGUACACGAAUUCUCAAUAUCCUUCAAAUUCAUCAACUAUUGUAUCAAAUAUACUCGUAAACUCAUCAGCUACGAAAUUUAUGGCUGAUUUUCAACAAAAUUCAUUGCAACAAAGACUUGUUAUGCAGGCUCAACAAAACUAUGAGAAUAGUGAGUAUUUGAAACAAAAUGGUUACACUUCCUUAAAUAAGGUUCAAACAAUUCACGAUGUGGGACCUAGUGUAAAAGCAGAUGAUGAACUUGGCUUUGAUCCAUUCCACGAAACACAAAAAGCAUUGGCUGAGCUCAUGGAAAAUGAAAUUCAAAUUCAACAGCAAAGACUUUUUCAACAGCAACAACAGCAAUUAAAAGAGAGAGAAGAUAAUCGAGUGCAACUUCAGUGUACUUUAGGUUCUCAACAUUUUUCUCAGGUUGCACACUUAGCACAUCUUCAGCAGCAAGCACAACAACUGCAGAGUUUACAUGCUUUGCAACAAUCGCAUUCCUUAUUAUCGCGAUUACCUCAAGAUUUUAUUCAACAAAAUUCUGGUCAAGGGACAAUUACAGUGGCUAAUUUAGGUCAACGAAGUCGCUUACCGCCUCCGGGCUUUCCUGGUUCAUCACCAAAUCACAUGAAUUCAUUUGGCCUUGGAAUACCCCGCCCAGCACCUUCAAAUAAUACAUUUUCUGAUUUACUGAUGUCUACUGGUAAUAAAAUGUUGCCAUUCGUAAGUCAUUCGUCUGGUGGAUUAUCAUCAGGACAAGCACCUCAUCACACUCCCUAUCUUUUAAAUCAGAAUUCAGUUCUCAAUUCACAAGGGACCGAAACAUCACAGACGUAAGAAUACGGCGUAAGCUGGCAUCUUACAAUUAGUGUUAAAAUAUUUGCCAGCAUUUUGUGCUAUAUUUUACAGUCUAGUAAAGUUAAUUGCAAACAAAAUAUUUAAUUUUGAAUAAAAGUGUGAUGAGAAUAUAAAAGAAA